UAUAUAUACUACUCAUAUGAUAUAAGCUUCUUUGUCAUUACUUGUCCACUUCUUUGAGAAACUAGCAACAACCAAAGUUUAGUUCUGUUUCUACUCUUAAGCAAUGAUGCAAAAAAUUGUCAUAAGAGUACAUCAUAAGUGCAAGAAAUGUCAAUCAAAAGCCUUGAUGAUUGCUGCUAUGUCAACUGGAGUCAACUCGGUGGCAUUAGAAGGGGAGAAGAAAGAUAAAGUAGUGAUAAUAGGAGAAGCAGUAGAUGCAGCAGGUAUUACCAGUUUAUUGAGGAAGAAGGUCGGCCACGCCAGCCUGGAGCUUGUCGAUGAAGUCAAGUGAAGAAGAAGUCAGAGAACUGUGCUGCAUUCAAAAUAGAUGUGACGACGGAAUGUAUUCAAAGCAUAUAAUUGUUAUGUAGAAGAAACAAAU